AUGGAGGACGCAGAUAGCGAAGAGAAGUCUUUUGCAGAGUUUCUGAUGAGUCAUCAAUCUUACUCUCAACAGCUCCAUUCCAUUGUUCUCUCUCCUGAUCCUAAGCUCCAUUAUCCUCUCUACAUCGAUUUUACAGAUUUGCUGAACGAGAAUUCUCGACUUGCCCAUCUUUUAUUGGCUCAGCCAACUGAGUACUUGCUGCUUUUUGACCGUGCUGCCUUCUGGGCUCAUAAAAUUGUGCUCAAGGGAUUGAAAUUCGGGGAGAAAGGGGUCGAGAAGAAAUUUAUUCAUGUUCGGAUUAAUGUAUGUGGAUCUGCUCAUGAAUGCCCUGAGACAUUUCCGAGCAUUGGGCGUGUCAGAGUGAAGCACCGUGGAAUUCUUCUUACAGUCAAAGGGACUGUAAUCAGGUCUGGAGCGAUUAAGAUGUAUGAAGGGGAAAGGAUGUAUCAGUGUCGGAAAUGCAAGCAUGUGUUCCCAGUUUACCCUGAGCUUGAAAGUAGAAACUCCAUAACACUACCAUCGUUUUGCCCCUCUCAGAGGUCUAAAUCCUGCGAAGGCACAAGAUUUGACUGUGUUGAUGAAACUGUAAUACGCCAUGAUUACCAGGAAAUCAAAAUCCAAGAGAGCACACAGGUGUUGGGUGUUGGGGUCAUUCCUCGGUCAAUCCCAGUCAUUCUCAAGGAUGAUCUUGUUGACAUUGUAAAAGCUGGAGAUGAUAUCAUUGUUUCUGGGAUUUUGACUGCAAAGUGGUCUGCUGAUUUAAAAGAUGUUCGGUGCAAUCUUGAUCCUGUAUUAAUUGCUAAUUAUGUAAGGAGAACUAAUGAGCUGAAAUCAGACAUUGACAUCCCCAAUGAUGUUAUAAUGAAAUUCAAGCAGUUCUGGUCAGACUUCAAAGAUACUCCUUUGGAAGGGAGAAAUGCCAUUCUGCGAGUUGCAUUAACACUUAUUGGAGGGGUGCAACAUGUCGAUGCUUCUGGUUCAAAGAUUCGAGGAGAGUCUCAUUUGCUUCUGGUUGGUGAUCCAGGUACUGGCAAGUCUCAGUUCUUAAAAUUUGCUGCAAAGUUGAGCAACCGGUCUGUUAUCACAACUGGGUUGGGGAGUACUAGUGCAGGAUUAACUGUCACUGCAGUGAAGGAUGGAGGGGAGUGGAUGUUGGAAGCUGGAGCCCUUGUUCUGGCAGAUGGAGGACUUUGUUGUAUCGACGAAUUUGACAGCAUGAGGGAGCAUGACAGGGCAACAAUACAUGAGGCAAUGGAGCAACAGACCAUAAGUGUUGCCAAGGACUUUAGGCAUGCAUUUGUACCUAGGCACCGACUACUUGAUGCCAUGGAGGAAUGGGCAUGCCCCUUUUUUCUCAUGCAUCUCUCAGCUCUCUCUGUCAAUACGGCACUUUCGGGACCGUUAUUGAGCAGAUUUGACAUAGUUCUGGUUCUUUUGGAUACAAAGAAUCCUGAAUGGGAUACUGUUGUAUCGUCUCACAUUCUCAUGGAGGGUGAAUCAAACAAAGGCAAUCAUGAUGAAGAUUUGGGUAACAUCUGGACAUUUGCUAUGCUUCGCAGUGUUAAUAAUGUACAAGCUCGUAAAGGAAUAGAUGUUAAUGGUCUUUGGUCAAGUGCGAAGGGGUACUUCAGGCCUGUCCUUACAAAGGAAGCUGAAAAAGUUAUCUCAAGUUAUUAUCAACUUCAACGAAGAUCUGCAACUCAUAAUGCAGCAAGGACUACUGUGCGCAUGCUGGAAAGUUUGAUACGCCUUGCUCAAGCACAUGCAAGACUUAUGUUCAGAAAUGAGGUUACUCGGUUAGAUGCCCUUAUGGCAAUUUUAUGUAUUGAAUCAUCUAUGACUACAUCGGCCAUUGUUGACAGUGUUGGGAAUUCCCUGCACUCAAAUUUCACAGAAAAUCCUGACCUGGAGUGUAUCCUUGUUAGCAAUCUGGACAUGCGUAACCAUACAUAUGCAUGCAUGCAAAUCCUGUGA